AUGAGCGGAUCAGAAACCCAAAUUACAGUUUUUUCACCUGAAGGAAGACUCUUCUAAGUAGAAUAUGCUUAAAGAGCUGUUAAAAACUCUGGUAUCACUACUAUUGGUGUCAGAGGUAAGGAUUGUGUUGUUUUAAUUACCGAAAAGAAGACCUAAGAAAGUUAUGUAGAUAUGAAUUCCUUCACUAAUAUUCACACCGUAAGCGAACGUGUUGGUGCUGCUACCACCGGUUAUUACCCUGACUCUAAAGCCAUUGUAACCAGACUUAGAUAGGAAGCCAGUGAAUAUAAGCUUAAAAAUGGUCACUUCAUGCCUGUUGAUUAGCUCUCUUGCAGAUUAGGUGAUUUAUCCUAAGUUUAUACUCAAAAGGCUUUCAUGAGACCUUACGCUGUUGAAACUAUUCUUGCUGGAUAUGACAACGAAUUAGGUCCUUUACUUUAUAAGAACGAUCCUUCUGGUUACUUCUGUGGUUACAGAGCUGUUGCAUCAGGUAUUAAGGAACAAGAUGCUAUCCAUUAAUUAGAAAAGGAAUUUAAAAAAGAUAAGAACGCCACUUCCAUGAGCUUUGAUAAAACUAUAGAAGUUGCCAUCAAUACUUUAAAAAAUAUUCUUAACCGUGAAUUCAAUCCUACUGAUAUUGAAAUUGGUGUUGUAAGUAAAGAAUAACCUAAAUUCAAAAAGCUUAACGAAUAAGAAAUCGAAGAAGCUCUCAGAAGAACUAACCAAUCAAAGUAAUGA